AAAAUAUUUAACAAGCAAGUUUGAUCGAUAGCAAUUCCAACAGAGAUUAUUCUGCACAAUUGAGCUUCUAAAUAUUUUGAAAUGGAUCUAAUAUCUACAAAGUCUAGCAGCAGUGCUUCAAAUGUGCCACAGACCUUAAGUUUAUCGGCUAAAAUGAAAAGGUUGAAAGUUGAGGAACAUCUUCUUCUUCAAAAUAUAAAAAAAUGUUUAUCAGACGAGGCAACAAGUUACUCGUCAUUUUCAGAAUUCAAAGCUUUUGCAGGAAAAAAUAAAAAUACGCUUAGAGAAAUAAGAUUGUUAUUCCAAGAUAUCAAGACAAGCACAUCUUCCAAGGAAAUGUUGGAAACUAUCGACAUUGAAGAUGUUAAAAAGAAUACCAUUGAGUUAGAAAAUCGUAUCAAAGCAUUCAAGUUUCAUUUGCAGUCAGAAUUAGCACGUCUUAGCUCUGAAGAACAAGACCUGAAUACGACUAUAAACGAAGAGCCAAUUAUAAUUAGUAAAAUAAAGAGACAGCCAAGGCCAAGAAUACAAACGGCUAAGUACAAUGAAAUUGUGCCAAGUCCUGUAAAAACCAUUAGGACAUCCCCUUUUAAGUGUCCGGAAGUCCAAGAGUUCCAAGAUUUUAUGCAGAAUAGUGUAAAUCGAUACGGAGGCUGGGAUGAAUACCACCAUAAUAUAUUUGUGAAUCAUUGGAAAAAACAUUUUGAGAAUCAAAAUGAAGUCGUUUAUGAUGAAACUGAUGGGCAGAUGGAAAUUACUCCUAUAUUAAAUUCAUUUUUGCGGGAUCUUUUACCAAAACUAUUCGAUAUCCGUGAAGAUGAAAUCAUCUCGCACCUCAAAUGGUACUCAAAGUUUAUCUACCUUAAGCAACGGCAGCAGAAAGCUAUUGAUAAAUGGCGAUCUAAUAGAAAAGUUAUGAAAUCUGCUAAGGUAGAUCCGAGAAUAAAAGAUAUGUCUACACAAACCAAGACUAAUAGUCGAACGAAUGUGAUCAAUCACAAGAUUAACAGUAACACUAAUAGCAGCGAUGAUCUGGAUAUUGUGAGCGAUUUCGUUGAUCAGUCUAUCAAUUAUAGGAGAAAAUGUUGCAGUGGAGACUAUACAAAUGAAAUACAAAACUCCUCUGAGACUAGUGAAGAGGGUAAAAACCAAGCAUUAGAUAACUUAAAAAAAUCUACGAAACAAUGGGAUGUUAGAGUUAACAGUAAAGAUUUGAAAGUGGAAACAAAGAAUUUGAAUCUUGAAAACAUUAAGAAACUGUAA